AUGCAAAAUGUUGAAGAGACCAUACAGCCUGUGCUAUUACAGGUUAUAAUAACCAAAUUAGCGAGCAAAGCUUUCGCAAUAACUCAACAUAAGGAAAUUUCCACAUGGAAAAUACUUAGGGAAAAUUUAGAAGGCAAAUUCUGUGCUACAUGCACACCAGGAUAUCUUCAGUUAGAGCUCACUAUGACUAAAUUCCAACAAGGAGAAACCGUACGAGAGUAUGCAACAAAGGUAAAAAACUAUUUCACAAACUCUACAAUAUAAGCACAAAGGAUGAAUAAUCCAGUGACGCAAAAGCUAUACAUAGCUACAUAAAAAAAAACAACCUUAACUACGUAUAUUGAAGGUUUACCAUCUUCUAUUCGAGGUGUAGUGAAAUUAAAGAAUCACCCAACGUUAGAAGAAGCUUAAAAGGAUAGCUAAAAGGAUAGCUUAGAAAAAGAAAAAAAUUCUCAAUCAAAUUAGAGAACCCAACGUUUGUUAAAUAACAAACCAAAUAAUAGGUAUAACAGUAAAUAUUGUAAAAAUUGCCGGAAAUGAAACCAUAAUACAAAUAAGUGCAGAUAUGGAAAUCACAAUGUUGAUACUGGACAGCAAAAUAAACAAUCCAAAGGAUUCAAUAAUCAAAGGAAUCAGGAUAUUAAACAAGUAUCAUGUAUUUAUUGCAAGAAAUUUGGUCAUACAAUAAAAGUAUCCUAUAAAAAGAAAAAUGCAGAUUCAAGAAAAGAAAUUCAAGAUAAUCCAUCAACGUCGGGAAACGCCAAAUAA